UUCCGAGAUUCUCGUGGUUGCCCUUCACCGUCACCCGCGACCCCGCAGUCACCCACUCCUCUUGCCUGCUUGGCUAUAUAAGCUGGCCUCUCGCCUUCCGUUGGUAUUCUGACACGAACUCCACACACCGACAACAUGAAGCUUGUGGUUCUCUCCUGCCUGCUGGCUUUCGCCGUCGCUGCCCCGCGCCCUGAUGGGGAUGCAGUGACCUUAGUGGACGACCGCACCGAUGAUGGCGAUGGAAAUUUCCAAUACCGCUUCGAAACUUCCAACGGCAUUGCUGAGCAGAGGUUGGGCGCUCCAGGAUCAGAGGGACAGAGCAACAUGCAGGGAGAUUUCAGCUUCGACCUCCCUGACGGCAAUCGUUUCGACCUGACCUACUCCGCCGACGAGAAUGGUUACAAGCCCAACUCUGCAUUCAUCCCCACUGACCACCCUCUGCCCGCCCACGUGGUUGAGCUCCUUGCCAUCGUGGAAGACCUUGUGCGUCAGGGCGCCACCUGGAACGACAAAGGCGAAAGGCUCACCCGCAGGAAGUAAUUGCCGACCCAUGUAUUCCUAUGUAUCUCAUCUCGACCAUCCCUCUAGACACUGGCGCUGCCUCUCAGCCUUCAUGUACAUAGCAAUCCUGAUGGCGGCACAAUCCAUGCCUUUCAUAUCUAUAUAAUAAACUGCGUUAACGAUU